ACGGCCGCCUCUGGAGAGCAGUAGCCAUGGCUCUACGCUACCCUAUGGCCGUGGGCCUCAUCAAGGGCCACAAGAUGACCAAGAACGUGAGCAAGCCCAGGCACAGCAGCCGCCGCAGGCGUCUGACCAAACACACCAAGUUCGUGCGGGACAUGAUUCGCGAGGUGUGUGGCUUUGCCCCAUACAAGCGGCGCGCCAUGGAGCUACUGAAGGUCUCCAAGGACAAACAGGCCCUCAAGUUUAUCAAGAAAAGGGUGGGGAUGCACAUCCGCGCCAAGAGGAAGCAGGAGGAGCUGAGCAACGUACUGGCCGCCAUGAGGAAAGCUGCUGCCAAGAAAGACUGAGCCCCCUUCACCUGCCCUCUCCCUGAAAUAAAGAAUAGCUUGACAGAAAGAAAAAAAAUAUUAUAUAUAUAUAUAUAUAUAUAUAAAACAGCACCCAUUCCUUUUGAUCUCCUUCCCUCACAUGUCCUUCCUCACUUCCAGAGCUAGCUUGUCACCCUAUGGACCUGAUCCUUUCUCAUCUGUAUUUUUCCAGGACUGUGUUCCAUCAGCCAUGCCCUCUCAUUCCUGUCAUCAAUUACUUCCACUCUGGCUUCUUCUCAGCCUGCAAACAAGCUCAAGUAUUGGAAAUCCUUUAAAAAAAAAAAAAAACA